GUGGAACAUCACCCCAAGGCCGGCAAAUACUUCAUGAUUCGAACCAGAGCAGAACCACACUACAUCCUCACCGUUGAGGACGGAGAGCUGAGGCUCCUAACCAAGCCUACUCUUGGAGGUGGUACCUUUUGGCAUUGCUCCAAGAGAAGCGGCUGGCUCACCUUCCGCAACAGCGUCACGGGUACAUUUCUCGGCCAAAACGGCCAAGGUGGUUUUUCGGCGACGCAGUUUCACCAAGAGAUGCGCGAAUAUUUCGUGACAGAGAGGCACGAGGAUGGUGGCUAUAUCCUGAUAAUGAAGAACGGCGACGAGCUGUCCCAGGUUGCCAUCUCGGGAGAUGCGGAAUGCUUGGUUGAGCAGAAAGAAGGGGGGACAGCCUGGGAUUUUAUUGAG